AUGCGCGUGCACAUCAAGCCGAGGGUCCAGAAGGACAAGUGGAGCCUGUACUGGAAGACGUCCAUGGCGACCAAGACGCUGUACCUCGACGAGUUCGAUAUCGACGUCGACCCGGAGAAGACGACGGGGAAGGAGCUCCGCGCGCUCGUCGCGGAGACGAUCGGGCACCAGCCCGAGAAGGAGCUGUGCCGGCUCGAGAGCUUCGUCGAGCCGUGGGAGCUCGCGUGCGCGCCCUUCCCGAUGCACAAAGGUCGCGAGCUCGACGACGACAAGACGCUCGCGGAGAACAAGAUCACGACCGAGGGCGCGGACGUCAUCUGCGUCCGCAAGGAGCUCAUCGCGGAGGGGUGGAAGAUCCUCCAGCAGGACGACGAGGACUCGGAUACCGAGGAGGAAGACUUUUAA